AUGUACUUGGCUUCAUGUUCUAGUUAUCAAGAUCUAGACCACGAAUUGUCAGACGUUUUGUCGGAAUCAACGCAUGAUGACGACAGUGUAGAAAAACUGGAUGCGAUUUGGAGUGAUAUCUCAGAAGACGAUCGAAGCUCCACAUCUUCAGAUGACGACCAAUUCUGUGCACGUGGAGACAGUUAUAAUCACAUCAGGAGUAAAUCGACUGAUGAAGAAGACCCUGUAUAUGUAUACCCUGGGUCGCCUCUUUUGUUGUCGGAAAGCAUUCUUUUGAUUCUUACUUUGGCUGUAGCUCACAAUCUGAAUGGAAGUUGUCUUUCAGACGUAAUUUCUUUGAUCAAUUUGCACUGCAUUCCUGGUCCACUCAACAAGUGUGUCAACUCACUCAGUGAGCUCAAGAGGUACUUUGCUGACUUCGAGCUUCCCAUAACAAAACACUUUUACUGCAGUUUUUGCUCUGAGUAUCUUGGUGUUUUAAGUGAUACUCCUGAUGUGUGCUCCAUUUGCAACAAUGAUGUGAGAGAUCCAAAGAAGAAGUCAUAUUUUGUCAUCCUUUCUGUCGAAAGUCAGCUAAACGAGCUUAUGCAAAGUAAGUAAGAAAAUAUAAUUUUAUAUGUUGCAGUUUAAAAUGAUCUUAUGUUAAAAUGAUUUCAAACUAGUUUGAUUUGUACUUUUCUUUGUCUUAGGAUUAUGGUAAUCAAUCUGGAACAAAAGAAAAUCAAAACUAACCAAGUUUGAAAUCAUUUUGACCUAAGAUUCAUUUCAAACUACAACAUAUACAACAGUGAUUGAUGUUAAAAUGGAAUAAAUAUAAAUACUGGCUUAACUACAGCAUCAUAUAUUUAGCCACUUUCGAUGCUUCCUGGGAUAAUAGCUAGAUAUAUAUAUCGCUUAAAAUAUGCAGUCACCCCUAUUGAAGUAUAAUAUUUCCAAAUAUUUGGUCCUAUAAUGGGCCAGUAAGAUCCAUGUGACAAAAAGUUUCAAAGUCUCUGAAAGUUAAGCCUAAAAUGAUGAUUUAGUUUUUAAAUGUAUAUGUAAAAAAAAUAUUAUUGAGUCGGUUUUCACAUGAUAGCAAAAUUAUCAAGGUCUCGAUUUGUGUUACCCACCUUGGCUGUGGAAAUUCUUACUAUCUUACUCACCAUAUGUAUUUGAAUAAGUGCCCUGUGCGCUUCUUUAAUGUUAGGUCCUUUAAGGUCGAUGUUUAUUCAAGGUGGGCACUUAUUCUGAUAAAUGCAGAAACCUCAUCCUGUGGCAAUUGAGCUACAUCAAAUUAAUAGCUAUAAUCUGCUGGUGGUGUCGACUGACACUCAAAUCACAGUAUUUUGUGAUAAAAGAGUGCAGUGAUGUUUUAUCAUUCAACCAGUAAGCUUGAUUUUCUUUGUUGUAUUUUUUUGUCAUCUGAUAUUAGGAAGAGAAUUUCAGGAAGAUAUAAAGUACCGCUUUCUGCGAGAGAAGACAUCCCCUCACAACAUUGAGGAUGUAUAUGAUGGCCAUCUCUACAAGAAGCUGUUUGAAAAUAAUGGCCCACUUUCUCAGCCAGAGAACUUAUCCUUAAAGUUCAAUACAGAUGGUGUUUCUAUCUUCAAAUCAUCAGGUUCAAGUAUUUGGCCAGUGUACUUUGAGAUCAAUGAGUUGCCACCAAGUAAAAGGAAAAAUUAGAGUAAAUUAUUAUUGGUGAAUUGUAAGUGCAUCUUAUUAAACUUUUGGAAUUAUCAUUGUAUUCUCUAUUCACAAUACUAUUUCCGAAAACAUUGCAAAAAAUUAGUUGCCUUGUUGAUGACUGGAAUGACACAUACUGUACAUAUACUUAGUUGAACUGAAUUACAUUGGUUAUUUAACAACAUUUUUCACUACUAUUUUCUGUGAUUGUGCCAAACCAUUAUUUUCAUCAAAGGAUAUUAUUAUAGAGUUCCGUAUCAGACCCUUUUUUAUUUAAAAACUAACUUUCAUUACUCUUACCCUAUUGUUCCUUUUUCUAGGCUGGAAAAAAAGCUCUGACUCUGAUAAAUGUAAAUUCGUAAGUGCAUUUUAAUGUUUUCAUGUUUUAAUUAAUAGGAAACGAUUGGAGAACAUGCUUUUGGGUGGCCUCUGGUUCAGUGACAAAAAACCUGUGAUGUCUACCUUUUUGAAACCUUUCAGAACUUCAUUAGAAGACCUUGAAACAAAAGGUACCUGGAUACAUGGUGUCUCUGAGACAGCUUUAUGUUCAUGUCUAUGUUGUGGCUAACUAAAUUUUUUUAUGGUUUAAAGUUUGUUUGGCCAGGUUGAUUUUUAUUUUCCCUGUUUUAAAAUGUAGUUAUAAAUAUAAGACAAAGGAAAGUAUAGUUUUGAAACUAAAAACAAGUUUCAGCCACAACAUAUAUACACUGUACAUGUACUUAUAUUUAGAGUGUAUAUAAAAUUUUGUAUAAAGUUUUCAAGCAAACUGUACUAGGAAUAAAUGUACGUGAUUUCUCCUGGCCAACUUGUAUGGUAGUGUAUUAUACUGACUAGAUGCAUAAUUAAGUUUGACAUUAGGAGAAUGUAUCCUAAUCUUGUGCAUCCUGUGCUGCCAAGCGGUGAUCAUUUUCAUUGUUUGCAUGAUUUGUGUACGUUUUUGGUGCCAAGUUGGUGACUACAGAAAACAGUGGUUUAGAAUUUACGGUGACUCUUAACAAUUGUAUUCCCACAAAAUAUCCUAUCAAAUCCACUUUUGAUUACUACUAGAGUUUUUAUAUUAUUGGAAACAUUGAGCCCUGGCCAGUUGAGCUGAGUUCAUUGUCCUGUGUAUGUAAUAUGUGUAGUAGAUGUGGACCCACUGUCCCAACAACAUGAUUAUACAUUAUUUUGUUAUUGUACAAAUAAUUUAAAAUAUACUUUGUUUAUAUACACUUUUAGGACUUGUUAUGGAGAUUCCAGAUAAGGGAAAUUUUACCAGUCAUGUGUUCCUUCUUGGCUCAGUUCUUGAUCUUCCUGCAAGGUGUUCCUUUUUAGAGAUGGUUCAGUACAAUGGCUUUUGCAGCUGCUGUUACUGCAUGGUUUUGGGAAUGUCUUGCAAAUCAAGUGUGAAAAAAGAAGGACACAGGGGAAGAGUUACAGUUUUUCCUUUCAAUUUUGAAUCAAACAAUGGACUUGCUAAAGAACGCACAAAAGAAAGUAUGGUUGCAGAUGGCUUGCAGUUUCUGCAGGGUACAUCAGGAGGAAAACCUGUAAGUUAGUGUACUGUCAUUAAAUGUCAUGAAAUGAUUUAGUCUACUUCAUAUAUACCUUUAUCCUGGGUGUUAGUGUUUGUUUUUUUGUUUUUUUUUUUCGCACAUUGAAGACCCUACAUUCACAGAGUGUCGAAGUUGUAUUAUACUAUUGUCAUUUUCUAAUGGGGUUUCUGAAUCAUCACAAGAAUUUUCAAUACCUCAAGGAGCCUUAUAAGCAUUAAUUUUUGUAAUUUCACUUAGAUUUAGAAACCUACAUAGAAAACUAUGACUAAUACAUAUGAAACAUUUAACACAAAAAUAAAAUACGAAAUGUACUGUUCUAGUCGACCUUACACUACAGUGUACAGUAGACCUUAGUUUAAUUGACAUCUACAUGUACAUCUAUAAAGUGCACUUUCAUAAUUAUUUGUUUUCUUACAUUUUCUUAGGUAAAUGGGAUGAAAGGUGUUUGCCAGUUUGCAAGCCUUAAACACUAUGAUAUCAGUAAAGGUGUUUGCCUGGAUUACAUGCAUGGGGUCCUGCUGGGAGUUACACGACAAUUGAUGGCCCUGUGGUUUGAUUCAAAACACAAGGACCAACCUUGGUACUGUGGUGAUCGUGUCAGUAUUAUUGAUGAGCGUCUUUGUAGUAUCCAUCCACCCAUGAAUAUCACAAGAACACCCAGACCUAUUGAAACUCAUCGCAAGUAUUUUAAAGGUAUAAUAUCCAUUAAGUCUACAUAUGUGAUAGAUGAGCAUACAGUCGUGUACUUUUUAAAGUAGGCAUGUUUUCUUGUAAUACAUAUACCCUAUGGUUCUUUUUUUUUUCACAGCAACCGAAUACGAAAUUGGCUGUUUUACUACAGCGUUCCUUGCCUGGUUGGUGUUCUUCCCGAUGUUUAUCUUCACCACUUCAUGCUUCUUGCAUUUAGUGUGUGGCUGGUGAAUCAGCAGACUAUUUCACCAGAAGAAGUCAAUCAGAGUGGAAACCUUCUGGCAAAAUUUGUGAUGCUGAUGGAUGCCCUCUAUUGUGAGUAUUUAACUGCUUCAUUUGGGCCUCCAUGCAUUAACUUUUGUUGAGAUCAAUGUAUUUGUCAAUUAAUAGUUAAUUAUUUUGACACCAUGGUGGCUUUUACAGCUAGUGAAAUGGGGUGUUUGCAUUUUUUUUUUCAGCUGAGCGUCAUAUGACCAUCAAUAUCCAUAAUUUGCUUCACAUACAUGCAUCAGUUCACAAUCUUGGACCACUGUGGGCAAAUUCAACUUUUGACUUUGAGGAUGCAAAUGGGGAGUUAACUGCGCUUUUCCAUGGCACCCAGAACAUAGAUAUGCAGGUGAUCAAAAUAGCAAGAAUCAAUAAUACUGUGCUCAUAAAAUAUAUAUUUGAAAGGUAUCUAAAAGCAAGUCUAAUAAUUAAUUUACUCAUUGAUCAAUAAGAUGUAUGGAAGGAUUCUUUUGAUCUUUUGUAGAUAGCAUCCUCAGUCUCUGCAGUCAAAAUUGCUCCAGACCUUGCGCGGAAAUUGGACAAAGACUCUCCUAGUUACAGUUUGUACAGAAGGAUGAAAUUUGGAAAAGAACAGAAGUAUGUAUGGCAGUAG